AUGAUUAUGUGACUGUCUUUCAUUUAUAUUCAAACCAAGUCUCCCAUGACGUUUGGGUCAAGUCACAGAGAAGACACAGACAGAAAGACCCAACCUUGGAGAUGGAGCUGGACCAAGGCAAGAUGGAUCAGGAGCCAGGCAGGCCCACAUGGAGUAGGCAGAUAGAGUUCACCCUGGCUGGGAUCGGCUGUGCUGUGGGGCUGGGGAACGUAUGGCGGUUCCCUUAUCUGUGUUACAGGAGUGGAGGAGGUGCAUUCCUGAUUCCCUACCUGCUGAUGCUGCUGGUGAUGGGGAUUCCUCUGCUCUACAUGGAGCUGAUUCUGGGACAGUACAUGAGGAGAGGGCCUGUUCAUGCCCUGGCUAAAGCCUGCCCGCUGCUCAAAGGAGUGGGCCUUGCGACCGUGGCCAUCUCCUUCAUCAUGUCUACUUACUACAACAUCAUCAUCACAUGGGGUCUGUACUACCUGUUCAGCUCCUUCCAGAGCCCGCUGCCCUGGCAGAGCUGCAACAACACAUGGAACACCCCCAACUGCACCGAUCACGUAACCCCGAACACCAGCUCACACUCCUCCACCGCCAGCCAGCAGUUCUUUAAUUAUAGGAUGCUGGAGCGGACAGGGGGAGUGGACGAGAGCGGGGUGCUGCGAUGGGAACUCUUCCUCCUUCUCCUUUUGGCCUGGAUCCUCAUCUACCUCUGCAUCUUCAAGGGGGUCAAGUCAACAGGGAAGGUGGUAUACUUCACGGCUCUCUUCCCGUAUGUCAUCCUGUUAGCUCUGUUGAUAAACAACGUCCAGCUUCCAGGAGCUAUGGAAGGCAUCCGCUUUUUCAUCGUGCCAAACUGGGAGAAACUCCUGGAGUUGGAGGUUUGGGUCAACGCUGCAGCUCAGAUCUUUAACUCCAUUGGGAUAGGCUUUGGCUCCCUCAUGGCCAUGUCCAGCUAUAACAACUUCAACAACAACAUAUUAAAAGACACCCUGGCUAUCUCCAUCACCAACUCCCUGACCAGUAUUCUGGCAGGUUUUGUCAUCUUCUCGGCAUUCGGCUACAUGUCACAUCUCCAGAACAUACCUGUCAGUGAGCUGGCUGUAGAUGGUCCAGGACUGGUUUUUGUUGUUUACCCACAAGCCUUUGCAACGAUGCCAGUGGCUCCGCUGUGGGCAUUUCUGUUCUUCUUCAUGCUUCUGUGCCUUGGGCUGGACAGCCAGUUUGCCAUGGUGGAGGUGAUGGUGACCAGCCUAAUGGAUGGGUUUGGAGGGCCCCUGCUGAAGUUCCUGAGAAAGAAGGAGAUGCUGGUUCUGGCAGUCUGCAGCACCGCCUUUCUGCUGGGGAUACCCCAUGUCAUGCAGGUGGGGAUCUACGUUUUCCAGCUGAUGGACCACUACACGGCCAUAGUGUCUCUCAUGUUCUUGGCCUUCUUUGAGGUGUUGGCCAUCUGCGGGCUUUAUGGUGUGAGGAGGCUUUCGGCAAACUUAAAGGAGAUGACAGGAAGUAGGCCUAAUAUCUUCUUCAGAGUGUGCUGGAUGUUUGUGGCUCCUCUUCUGAUCACUAUGAUCCUGGUGUUCACAAUCAUCCAGUUUGAACCAGCCCGCUAUGAGAACUACGUGUAUCCCCCGUGGGCUCAGGGGAUUGGCUGGGUCAUCACCAUGGCGUCCAUCAUCUGGAUCCCACUCGGAGCUCUUCACACACUGUGGGUUCUGCCCGGCUCCUUCACUGAGAGAUUAUUGAAGUCAAUCACCCCAUAUGCACUGGAGAACGAGAGAGGAGGAGAGACUUACCCAAACAUAGCAGUCAUCAACUCCUUUGGUAGAGAAACAGAGAAGCCUCACAUUCAGACAAACCUCUGAUACUGAGUCUCCCUACUGAUGGCCUCUGUACCAGCCUGGGACUCUGGGACCAUGAUAGGCUUGGAGAGCUAGGUGAGGUUUCACUAAGGAUGUCAAACCUGAUUCACAUUGGCACUGGAAACCACACUGUCUGUGGGUGAUGUGACUCAAAAACCGUCCAACAGCAUUCCUAUUGGUGUGGUUUGGGACUUCUGCUCAUGCACACACAGUAUUACAAUUAUUCAAUGGGGAAGUGGGUUGUUCUCCUUUGUGGAGUGAAUGACAUAUCUUUUUAAAACACUGUUAUAGUUAAUUAUGUGAAAACAAAUAGAAGAAAUGGACCUGGAUCCAAGAAGCUUACCUACCUCUGCUUUGAGAGAUCAGAAUUGGUAAUGAGUGGGUACUGGUACAUGAUGAAUAGACCUUAACCUGUCCAUAUGUUGCACUGUUUGAGCUUUGGUAUUAUGUUUUCUUUUUUUAUAUAUGUAGCCAUGUAUAACCAAAGUACAAUGGUCUGAGAACUGUUAGUUAUAGAUGUUGAUGUUCUACCCUUCAAGCAUGUUAGCUUUCACUUGAGCACCACGUUGUGGUUAACACAGCUGAUGAGGUAUUACAUGUACAGUGGGGAGAACAAGUAUUUGAUAC